AUGGUUGUGAUGAACCCAAUCUUGGCACUCUCCAUUAUUACCACCAUUUUAUUCUUGUCUCCAAUGGCUUAUUCAGAGAACGAAGCGGUGAAGAGCGCAUUGGUGAGAUUCAUGGACAAUCUUGCACCAUGGAAUAAUAAUUCAGAGAGAGAAGCAGGAAGGUACUGGGGAUGGAACCUUGACACAGAUCCAUGCGCAGAUAACUGGAAAGGUGUGAGUUGUUCCUCAGAUGGAAGUGUGAAAGCCAUUGUUCUUGAUGAUUCAAACCUGAGUGGAACCCUAGACGCCACCUCUCUCUGCAUGGCGAAAUCUCUUCAAAUUCUGAGCCUCAAGAGGAACAACUUGCAGGGAUCAGUGCCCGAAGCUAUCGGAAACUGUAAGUAUUUGACCCGUUUGUUCCUCAGCGAUAACAACUUCUCCGGUGAUCUUCCGACUUCUCUUCGACAUUUAUGCAGCUUGAGGUGGCUUGAAGUUGCCAGAAACAAGUUUACGGGUCCCAUUUCCGAUAAGAUACCUGCCUCAGUCUUGAUAUCCUUUCUCGGUGAGAAUAACAAGUUCACUGGGGAGGUACCUGAUUUUGACUUCAUGAAACUCAUUCGAUUCAACGUCUCCAACAACAACUUGAAGGGGCAGAUUCCUGACGUGAGAAACAAGUUUGGUGUGGAAAGCUUUUCUGGAAAUCCUGACUUGUGUGGAUCGCCGCUUCCAGCGGCAUGUCCACCUAGUCCCUCACCAAGGAAAGAAAAAAGAUUAUUCAUCACUGACGGCGUGGCGAUUUACUCUGGCUACAUCAUUCUUGGCAUCACCGUGGUGGCAUUCUUUGUGUACAAGCUAGUGAGGAAAUCCAUGAACAAAGUGGAAGCAUCCAAGGCUCUCAACAAGAAGGAAUGCCCAAGGCAUCGAUUAACUCGAAAGGAUCCUGCAGGGGGCAAUAAUGGUGAAAAGAGCAGGGAGGAUUCUUCUGAGAGCAAGGGUAGUGGUCGUGGCGGCGGCCGUGGCAGCGUUGAGAUGAGAUCAGAGCCAUCGAUAGCGUCACUUGAGAGUGGAAUAACAUUGAGCACAUCAACGCUGGUAGUUCUGUCAAGCAGGGUAUCAAAGGCGCUGAGAUUUGAGGACUUGCUGAGAGCACCAGCUGAGUUGAUUGGGAGAGGGAUGCAUGGGAGCCUCUACAAGGUGAUGCUGGACAACGGUGUGUUCUUGGCUGUGAAGAGAAUCAAGGAUUGGGGAAUCUCCGAAAGUGAUUUUCAGAGGAGAAUUGGGAAAGUUAGCCAAGUCAACCAUCCAUUUGUGUUGCCACCUCUUGCUUACUAUUGUUCCCGCCAAGAGAAGCUUCUUGCAUAUGAGUACAUGGACAAUGGGAGUCUCUUCAACAUGCUCUAUAAAGUUGGAUCACAAAAUGGAAAACCCUUUGAGUGGGGAAGCAGACUAAACAUUGCUGCAAAAAUAGCAGAAACUUUAGCUUAUAUGCAUGAAGAGCUACGAGAAAGUGGAAUAGCACACGGAAACUUAAAAUCAAGCAACAUUUUAUUCAACAACAACAUGGAACCAUUAAUAAGCGAAUAUGGGCUAAUGGUAAUUGAACACCAAGCUCUGAGAUCACUCUCUCACAGCAAGAGUGUGAGGAACAGGGUUCUAACUGCUGCACAUGCAUAUAGCACCUUCAAAGUUGAUGUAUACGCCUUUGGGGUGAUACUCUUGGAGCUUCUCACAGGGAAAGUGGUUCAGAAUCAAGGGGUUUUUGAUUUCGUUAAGUGGGUUAAUUCUGUGGUUAGAGAGGAGUGGAGUGUUGAAGUGUUUGAUAAGAACUUGGUGUCAGAAGGUGCGAGUGGAGAGAGGAUGAUGAACUUGUUGCAGGUUGCAUUGAAAUGCAUCAAUCCUUCUCCUGCUGAUAGACCAAGCAUGAGUGAAGUUGCAUUGGCCAUAGUUGCAUUGAAAGAGGAGGAAGAAAGAUCUUUAACAUAG